AUGAACCAAUUCAGCUGUUUCUGCUGUUUUGCUUGCGGACGGUUUGUGUGGCUAGGCCAGGCAAGCCCUGCAGCAUUCACAAGCCUCCGGGUAUGCUCCGCCGUCCUUCAUGCUGCCGGGCUCCAAGCAAUGAACCAGCGAACUCGCUGCCUACAUGCACACCAAAAACCUCUGACAGCCGAAAUUCUAAAGCAAUUCGCCGGCUUACAUGAAAACAGCCCGAAACAGGGCUGCGCGCAACAAAGGGAACAGAUUCAGCUUCGCCGCCGCCGAUACCGCUCACUUCUAUACCUGCGGCCAGCAUGUGGCUGCGAUGCAGCUGCAAUCAUCGACGAGAUCCGGAAGCGCAGAGCACGGUGCAAGACAUGCUUCAUUCGUGAGUUUUUGUGGAAAGGCCAGUUCCUGCGGCAAGGGUGGCUGACUGCGGAAAUUCUGGAACACAUCCAGUCCUUCGUAGAGGAUGACCCACAGCAAGUAAUCACGUACGCAGGGCUCCUGGAAGAUGAUGGUUCAUCGCAGAUAUCCAGCAUCGAUUCCAUGGAGCGGGACAGCAGUGACGGCUCAGUUGGCAGCUCGUUGUCAUCCGUUGCUGCCCUGAGGAGAAGCGUAAACGAUCAACUCCGACAUCUCGCGUGCAUUCCAACCCCUGGCUUGCACUUAGAAACGCACAGGAACGACCCAUCUGCACCGCAGAGAACAUUUCCCUUGUUGGUCAAGCCCCUGUGCAUGCUCGAUGUGAAGCAGCUCACAAUGCAGUGGCAUGCCGCAUCAACAUCACAGGCCAGCUAG